AUGAGAAAAUGUCGUAAACAGCCCGUCGUUCAAUUUCCAGAAUCAUUACCAUCCACAAUUAAUAUCGUAUCAUCUGCAAUUGAUAAUGAGCAAAGUAAUGUGGCGAUGCACUUUGGCUCUGGUUGUGCACCAUACCAAGCAGCAAAUGUAAACAGAUAUGGGUGUCAAACUCCCGUAGCAUCACGAAUUGAUGUACGUCAAAUGCAAGGAUCCUCGGGCUUUAAUGUUUCACAUGGAGAAGAUCCACCUUUUUAUGGUCAACAAUACCAUCAAACAGAUCACUGGAUCCCAGGAUGGUUUAUCAUCAAUAUGGACCGUACGAUACGGAUAUCGGUUUCUAUUAGGCCAUGA